AAAGCGUAGAGAGGCACAGGUUUCUGGUUUCUCAGUGUUGAGCUCAGUUUCUGAAUCUUCCUCUUUGUUUUUGUGAGCCAAAAUGGUUAAGUUAGCUUUCGGUAGCUUUGGUGAUUCUUCCAGUGUUGGGUCCCUCAAGGCUUACUUGUCUGAAUUCAUUGCCACCUUGCUUUUUGUCUUUGCUGGUGUUGGAUCGGCUAUUGCUUAUGGCAAGCUCACGUCCGAUGCAGCUCUAGACUCACCAGGCCUUGUGGCCAUAGCUGUGGCUCAUGCAUUUGCCUUAUUUGUUGGGGUAUCCAUUGCAGCCAAUAUCUCUGGUGGCCAUUUAAACCCAGCCGUCACCUUUGGACUGGCCGUUGGAGGCAACAUCACCAUCUUAACUGGCUUUUUCUACUGGAUUGCCCAAUGCCUUGGCUCCAUUGUUGCUUGCCUUCUUCUCCAGUUUGUUACUAACGGAUUGAGCAUACCAACCCACAGCGUUGCUUCAGGAAUGAACGCUCUUGAAGGCCUUGUAAUGGAGAUUGUGAUAACAUUUGCCCUAGUGUACACCGUAUAUGCCACGGCGGCUGACCCCAGGAAAGGUUCUCUAGGAAUAAUCGCACCCAUUGCAAUUGGUUUUAUCGUUGGUGCUAACAUUUUAGCCGCAGGUCCAUUCAGUGGUGGUUCAAUGAACCCAGCCCGUUCCUUUGGACCAGCUGUUGUCAGUGGAAACUUCACUGAUAAUUGGAUCUAUUGGGUUGGCCCGUUGAUUGGAGGAGGGUUUGCUGGGCUGAUCUAUGGUGACAUUUUUAUUGGGUCAUAUUCCCCAACCCCAGCUUCUGACGAUUAUGCUUAAUUAUGAUGCUUUGGUUUCUUCUGCAUACGGGAUUUGGCUUUGGGUGUUUUCAUGACUGGAAAAAAGAACUUGUACUUGUUAAUAAGGAAAUGUAAAUAAACCUAUUUGGCUUUAUGGAUAUUUCGAUUACCAAUCUUCUUUUGUCUAAUUUCUUUUUCAUGUUUUACACCAUGGAAAACUAUUUCAUGCUUAAGGAGUUAAAAUAUUUCAUCAGUGUAUCAGACAGGGAAAUUUUAACUAUUUUCGAAGUUGCUGAGCUCUUUAAUGGAGGAGGUGGGUGAAAGAAUGUGUGAAAACUAGAAAACACAGUUAAAAUUGAAUUCAAAAGGAGAAGAAGGGAGAAGGAGGCAUUCUUAAUUGCAUUUUAAGAGAAU